UCUCGGAUGUGGAAGGACAGUGAACAGAAUUGACGCAAUCGGGCAGCUGGAGAAGAUGAGGUAGGAGGAGUAGUGAAGGGGAGCAGGGCUCUGCGAUCAGUAUUCAAGCAGCCCUCAAGCGCCGGCGUCGAGCAGAUCUCGGGCUAUCUGGGAGCUCAAGGGAUUAUGAGUCGAGUGCUCGCAGGUGCAGCCGUCAGGGUGAUAUGGGCUCUCGCACCGGGUUACUGGACUCGGGGACAGGGUUCCACGGGGGCGUCUCUCUGCCACCAUCGUGGGCCAGAUGUGCUGUCUGCCCCACCCUUCGGACGGCUGUGGAUAGCAGCUGUGGUUUGCCUCGGGGCCCUGGCCUCACGGCGGCGACGGGCAUCAUGCUGGCGUCUCCCCGCCGGCCGUGGUUUGGACGACAGAGGAGGCGGGACGAAUGGAGCAGCGCAGAGAGCUAGGGAGUCUCUAGGUGCUUAGUGCCAAUGGCAGCAAUGGUACCAGUACAAGCUACCGGUGCAGGUCCCGGGCACACGAUAGUCGCACAGACGGGCGCAAAAGAGGCCCGCCGAGUGGCAUGGAGCGUAUGC